GUGAUAGUUCCUGUCUUGCCACAAUACGUGUCAAUAGGCUUGGCUGAAACUGAACAUGUAACGUAAGGAGCUCUUCACCUGCAUCCUUCAUAAAUCAGAGGUAAUCGUAGAGCAGCAGAAGCAUGGACGCGGUCCGUAGCAGGUUGAAAGGUCUCACUGCUGACGAGUUGAGGGAGGAGAUCAUUAAAGCCAACUUGAAAUGUGGCCCCAUCACUGCCACGACAAGAGCCAUAUUUGAACGUAAGCUUGCCAGGACUCUGGUGAAGAACGCUGGACUUAACGAGCCCGACAGCAGCGGUGGAAACAGUGCCACAUCAGCAACCCAAGAUUCAGUCACAGGCGAGGAUGGGGAUUUUGGGUACGGCAUAGGCCUUAACCCGCCUGAAGAGGAGGCUCUGAGUGGAACAGUGUGCCCUUGUAAUGUGGAGACUCCCUCGAAAACUGCACAGGUGUCGCCCACCUUUUUCUACGGAGUGUGUCCAUUGUGGGAGGAUGUGCUGGCUAUGAAUGAGAGAGCCCAUGUGUACACGGAAGAGGCUUUGCAGGUUGUUAAAAUGAUGAAGGGGGCUCGGUUUAAAGCUUUCUCCAAUCGUGAGGAUGCUGAGAAGUUUGCCAAAGGCAUAUGUGACCACUAUCCUUCGCCUAGUAAAAGCGCCCCCUGUGUUUCUCCUGUCAAACCUGGCCUGGUGUUUUGCAAAGGUGAGGAAUUAUCCCAGAUACCACCCAUCUAUGAACGUUACCUCAUUGGCUCAGGGGACAACCCUACUGUAGUUCAGGAGGGCUGCAGGUAUAAUGUGAUGCAUGUGGCUGCUAAAGAGAACCAGCCAGGCAUUGUUCAGAUCCUGCUGGACACUCUUGAGAACCCAGAUUUCAUGCGGCUUAUGUAUCCAGACGAUCAGGAGAGCAUGCUGCAGGAACGCAUCCGAUAUAUCGUAGACUUGUACCUAAACACGCCAGAUAAAACUGGAUUUGAGACGCCGCUCCACUUUGCAUGCAAGUUUGGCUGUCCAGCAGUUGUGAAAAUACUCUGUUCUCAUCCAGAUAUCGACAAGAACUGCAAGAACAAGUACAACCAGAAGCCCUCUGAGGUUGUUUGUGAAAAUAUGAAAGAAAAGGGUAAAAUUCAGGAGGUCAAACAGAAGAUAAAUGAAUAUUUGGAAGAUCGAUUAUACAUCCCCUUAUUGAGAGCUACUGAUAACUCCUCCCAAGCUGUGAUUGGUGCACCUUGGUCCCCUGAGCCAAUGGAAAAUCUGCGAUUACCCAGAAGCCCGAAGAAUCCAGUUAUGGCAGUCAGGGCCUUCGCUGGACCUUUAAGUCCAUCUAAAGCAGAUGAGUUCAGACGAACGUGGAAGACUCCUCCAAGAGAACGGGCAGACCAUUUCCACAACAUCCUAAAGUCGGACCCAGACCGUGGAGCAGAAAGAGUUGGCAGGUCACUCGUUCACCCCUGGGCAGAGUACUGGGAUUUCCUAGACAGUUUUGUAGACCUGCUGUCAAGCGAAGGCCUGAAAGUGCUUGAAGAAUACCUCAGUAAAAAGGACUUUAGGGAGCGAGCUCUCAGCAACAGGUUUAAAACCCCAUCUCCGGGCAAACUGAAGAAGUUCUGUAACUCCGUCCCUGUGGGGGCAUUUUUGGACGAGGGUGACGAUAUCAGCCUGGAGGAGAUCAAGAACCGGCAGAACGCUGCCCUCACCAGUAUUUCUUCUGUGUGCUCCAAAGAUGGCCUGCAGGGGGUGGUAGGAGUGGUAGGAGGGCUUGAGUUUCAUAUCCUACCAGUGUCCCACAGUGCUGCCCUCAUCGAGGUGGCGACGGAGCAGGAUCUACUGCUCUCUAGCAGUAAAAAUGGCCUGUGCUGUGAGCAGAGCCCCAGGGAAAGGACUCCAAACGGGGACAAAACGUCCCCUCGCAUCUGCGGUUCAUCAGAUUCCUGCAUUUUGUCGCCAAUCUUAAACCUAAUGGUUGAGUUUGAGAGAAUGUCUCUGCUGGAUGAGCCAGAUAGGACAAACAGGGAGAGAAGGAGAAGUGGAGGGAAACCUCACAGAGACACCCAGGCCACAGAGCUCUCCUCUGGACUCUCUUUGUCCUCAGAAGACGACUCUGUUUUUGAUAAAGACAGUACCUCUGCAUUACGAGCAGCAGAGAAUGAUGGAUUGGAGAGAAGAAACAAAGUAGAUGCGAGGUCCAGUGCAAGUUCAGAUGAAUACUUUCUGGCCAAUGAGAGGUUAGAACCUAUAAACCAACAGACUAUAGAGACUCCAGGGGGCGAGCGCACGAUCUCCGCUAGAUCAAAGUCUUGGGACCAUGGGGGAAGAGACCUCAGCUCCUCUGUGUCUCCCAGCUCCUACAGAUCACUUGACAGUCCUCAGGACUUCAUUCUGCGUACUCCUCCUAGAGUAACGAAUAGACUCUUCAUCGAAGGGGAUUCACCCACCAAGUUGGACCGAGAGGUUCUGUCAGCUUUAGGAGACGCAGACAUUGACCCUCUGAAGUAUCCCGGCAUUCACAAGUGGAAGAGCACAAUUCAGGCAUACUCUCACUUAGAAAUGCAAAGCUGGCAGACUCCUGGGGUGAACAAGAGCCAUUUGAGGGCUCACCCAGUCACCCCUGGCUCUCCAGCGGGUCGCUUCAGUCCAGCCCGUCACAUGAGCUCACCGGACGUCUGCAGCCCUGCACACUCCAACUACAGUCCUGUGAGCUACAUCCAGCGCAUCCGACACAAACAUUUCGGGGACACCCCCGUUUAACAGAUGCUCUCAAUCCAAUCCAGACCAAUUUCUACCAAUUAGCAACUGAAAUAAUAAUAAUGGAAUAUGGGAUGAAACGUCACAGAGGAGAA